CAGAGGGGCCGCAGUGGGCACAUGGUAUAUACUUCGAGUGUUUUAUAGUUUACAAGAAUACACGAUCCAUUCGUGAUCUCUACCCAGAAUUCAUCUCAGUGUCAGGAUGCGGCACAUAAAGCCCAGCAGCCUGGGGGUCAGUCUUGUGGUUUUCAUUCCUCUCUUAUGGAAAGGUAGUACAUGUCUUCCAGAUUAUUCUAUACAAGUGUCUCGUAGGGUCAGUGUCCAGGAGGGUCUCUGUGUCACCAUUCCUUGUAACUUCACGGCUGAUGGGAGAAAAACAUUCACUAAUUCCUUUGGAUACUGGAAACAGAUGCCGGUCAGUUCAGAGUAUAUUGUGGCCACUAAUGAUAAAUCCAGUGAGGUGAAGAAAACAAACUUCAAUCUGACGGGAAAUCCGGAUACUGGAGACUGCACCCUGACCAUAACUGGUGCCAGGAAAGAAGAUGAGGGGGAUUAUUACUUUAGAUUUGAUGAAAAUAAAAACAGUAACGUGAAAUAUAAUUAUCAACCACCAACCACUAUUACAGUAUCUGAUCUCACAGAAGAACCGGUCAUCUCAGAUCUUGGGACCCUGACUGCUGGUAUAGAUAAGACAGUGACCUGCGCUCCUCCUGGGAACUGUCAUGUGACCUCCUUCAUUUUCCAAUGGAAGAAGAGUGAUGUGUCCGGCAUCUGGAAGAAUUCAUCUACUAUAACAUUUACCCCAUCUCUGGAUGAUCACCAGAAAAACAUCACAUGUGAGAUGACAAACUCCAGUGGGAAGACAACUCAAAAGACCAUUGUUCUUGAUGUCUGCUGUCCCGCAUCCUUUACAAUCACUUGGGAGAUCAAUGGAAAGAAAAAAAAUAAAUUAGAAUCCUUCACAGUGACUGAAGGCUCCUCAGUAAUAUUGAGAUGUUCAGUACAGAGUAACCUAACACUUAAUGUGACCUGGACGGAUGAGAAGAACAAUGUUCUCCAGCGCGGGACUGAGAAAGACCUAGAACUGAGACUAGAGAACACGACGAUGAACCAGACCGGUACCUACACUUGUUCUGCAUUGACUGAACAUGUGAUAAAUAGCACAAAAGUCAACAUAACUGUACUAUACCCACCUAAAAAUAUGCAAAUCACCAUUCGUUCAUCCAAAGGUGAAGAACCUAUAGCAAGUCCACAAGUGGAUAUUAAGGAAACUGAAACACUGACCCUGGUCUGCGGAACGGAGGGUAACCCCCCUGUUACUGUGGUCUGGGUGAGGGGAGAAGUUGAUGUAGAUACAUCUAUAAUCAGUACUAAUGGAUCGUCAGCAGUGAUUAAUGUGACGGCCUCAAUGGCUGAUGUCUACCGGUGCUUGGCAUGGAACGCGAUUGGGCUCAGAGAACGACGUGUUCAAGUUGACACAAAGCAGGAACCUGUAGCUGAACAGAAGACCAGUGCUACCAUUUCAUACCGGGAUAUAGCGAUCACAUUCACAUGUGGAAUCUUGUUCACCGCUUUAAUCAUUCUGCUGUAUAAAUGUAUUUUAAGGAAAAUUAAUUCCAAAAAGAUGAUUUAUGUGGAUGAGAAAGGAUUGUCCGCCAGUGCAGACCCCCCAACGGAUGUCAUAUACAUGAACUUUGACAAGGCUGAACAACACGCCGAGGAAGAAACAUCUAACAAUAUACAAGAGGAUUCGAGUGGCGUCACAUCGGAUCAAGAAGUCCUGCACUAUUCCACUGUCACUUUUACUGAGAAACCCUCCAAAGUGCCAUCAAGUCAUCCAGAGACAGAAUAUGCCGAAAUAAAAAGAAAAUAGACUGAGCCCUGAUUACAGUGUACCCCCCACCCCCACCACCACCACCCUCAUAUUCUGUGUCAUUUUUGUUGUUUCUACAGCAGUGGUCUCAAACUGGGGCCCUCCAGAUGUUGCCAAACUUUAACUCCCAGCAUGCCUGGACAGCCAACUGUUUUACAGGAUUUAUAUACAGUAUGACUAUUAGA